AUGUUGCUGGAAUUUCAAGGUGAGCAUCCAAACGAUGAAGGAUUAUGCAGUUCACAACAAAGAAAAAGCGUCGCAGCCUUGGGUUUACUCAUCAUCUUGCUGACGGGAUUGCUGUUAGUUGCUCGGUAUCAGUUUCGUAUAAACAAGCAGCUCACGAACUCAGACCUGAAUUAUGAAAACGGUCGUUAUUUUGGUGUUUUAGCUGAUAUUCAUAUGGACCAAUAUCAAAACGAUACACAUUGCCGUAAUGGGGACGAUGUUGAAGGUGAGUGGGUUGUUCAUUAUCCGACACCAUAUGGAGCAAAACUUUGUGAUUCAUCUUCUACUUUACUGAACAUGACUAUCCGCGAGUUCAAGGAGAUAGAAGAUAAGACUGGACCAUUUGAAUUUAUUCUUAUCAUCGGUGAUCUAGUGGGUCAUUGGAUUGAGGGAAUUGAGCCAUCUUUAGAAAGUGUGAACAAAGUAAGAAACCUUGUCUCUUCUUAUUUUCCUUCGACUCCUGUUUACUUUGCUUUAGGAAAUCACGAUCUAACGACUGUGCACUAUCGCAUUCCUGAAUACGUAGAGCGAUGGUACUCUAUGAUAUCAACGAGUUUGUUUCCCGGCCUCCAUACAACCGAAUUUCAACUCUUGUCAGCUACAAAAACCUUCAACAAACACGGAUUCUACAAAGUUGAGCACAGUUCUUCGCUUUGGGUGGUGGCUUUAAACACCAAUGUAUUCAGUAAUAGUAUGAAUGCCACAGAAGAGGACAUUGGUGCUCAAUUUGAUUGGUUAAACGAAACGCUCCAUCAAGCUGAAAAUCAGAAAUCAGUUUCUGUACUCCUUUUUGGCCAUAUCCCACCUGAAAUAGAAUUCCUCGACCUGGUUAGAUGGGAUUCUAACAAAAACAUGACCUGGAAACCAGACUGUGUAGCCAGAUUUAACGAUAUAGUCGGCCGAUUCUCAAAUAUCAUAAAACUUUCCUUCUUUGCACAUCAACACACUGACAACUGGUACGUGGGAAAGAGCCCAAACGGCGGUUACAUUAACCACUUCCUGAUGCCGCCAGUAUCUCCAGUUAGUCGGGGUCAUCCUUCCUUCUCUGUCGGAGUUACUAAUGGAGGGUGGGACUUGCUUGAUCUGCUCUACUAUCACUCUCCUGUUGAGCAGCUGACCAGGGCAGAUCAAACCCCUCGGUACUUUUACCAGUACUCAUUUAAAGAGCAGAACUUCCAUUUUAACGAGAAGUAUUCAGCUAUUGAUGGGGCUCUGAUGGAUGGUCUGACGAAGAGGAUUGUUGAUUUUGAAGACGGUAUGGAGACUUAUACCGCUCGUCUUAUGAACACAUACCAAUUCCGUUACAAACCUCAUGUUUCAGCUUAUGAAAUGUAUUGUGUGAUGACUGAAAACACAUCUGAGGGACUCGAUGUAUGCCUUAAGAAAUAAUUUUCCUGAAUCAGUUUAAUCUUUCAAAUAAUAUUCCUGUUAUUUGAUUACACUCUACAGUUUAUGAUAAAGUUUUCUAGCAGCAGGAUUCAGAUUAAGCAUUCUAACUAAUUUGUAGCAGUAUCAAGAGGUUUUAGCUAAACUAAUUAAACUAUUUGAGUAUUACAUUUAAUUUUUUAACCUUUUUAGUGACAUUUUAGUUUGUUGAAACAUUUUUUAUUUGUAGAUUAAUUAAUUAUAGAAAUAUUAUCUGAUAGUUUUUAAUAUUUAUCUGUAUGUGCAGUUUAGUUAUAGUACAUUUUUUCCGAUGAAUUCUUUUUUAGUUACUACCUAUAAUAUUUAAGUUGCAUAGGUAGACUUAUAUUAUUGCAUACAUAGUUAUAGUCAUACUAUUUGAAAAAUUUGGAACAAUGGAACUCGAUUUUGAGAAGAUCUUAAAUCUUGAUUAGUCAAAUUCACUUAUUUAAAUUGUGGUAUUUGAUGAUAUUUGUGUGGACAGCGUAGUAUUUUGCAUGUCUGACUCUGUAA